AUGGUUGCAACGCCAGUAACGACCGACAUCGUUGUUUCCGACUACUUCAACCAAGAACCUUCCAUGAGAGGCGAUCCAAGAGGUUCGCGGCCGCUUCCGAUGUAUCCACUCCUCCGGCAAGUAUUCCCUCUUCUGCAGCGUAAUCUUCGGCCACUGGGCAAGGUCUUUGGCCGGCAGAGCCUCGAAAUCGACGUCGGCAGCGCUUGGAUUUGCUUCGCGAGGCUCACGCGGUUGGAAACGGCCUUCUUGGGCGGCAACGGGAAGGCAGGCUCGACGGCUGGUACGCUGGCCAACCUGUUCGACUCUGUCAUCUUCAACAACGGGUUGGGGUUAUAA